GAAGGCUGUUCGGGAACUUAACGCUGUCGUGGCGUUUCGGGGUUUCAGUGGGAAUGCCUGAAAGUGUUCCCCGUUUCCUCCUUGCUGCUGAUUGUGUGAACGGCGCUUUUCCGUGGUGCCCGUGAGUUUCAGGGGAAGGACUUAUCUCGCCCCUCCUGUGACGAAUAAGGAUGAGGAGGGCUGGGCUUGGUGAAGGAGCUGCUGGCAGCAAUUAUGGUUAUACCAAUAGCGGCUAUAGUGUAUAUGAGGAAGAAAAUGAAAAGUUAACAGAAAGUUUGCGUUCAAAAGUCACCACCAUAAAAUCUCUUACCAUUGAAAUUGGAACAGAAGUUAAGCAACAUAAUAAAUUACUAACUGAUAUGGACAAUGAUUUUGAUACAACAAGUGGAUUCCUUGGUUCAACAAUGGGCAGACUGAAAAUCCUCUCCAGAGGAAGCCAGACAAAACUGUUAUGCUACAUGAUGCUGUUCUCAUUGUUUGUUUUUUUCGUGAUUUAUUGGUUUAUUAAACUAAGGUGAUGCAGAUCUCCAUUAUGAGAUUAUUCAAACCAUCUUGAAAGCUUUUUUGAGAAAAUUGAUAAAUAAUUUUUGUAACUGGAUUUAGGAUUAAUGCAUUUGAAUUUCUUCUGUAAUUCUAAAAUGCUUAUCAAGCCAGAAUCUUUGCCAUUUUUUAAAUCCCUUAUUUUAUAGAGUUUCCUGAACUGAAUUUACUAAGUUUACUAAGGAUGAGUUCCAUUACUGAAACAGACAUUUUCCUAUUCAGAAAUUACUCUAUAUAAUAGUUUCAUUUUUUCCUAGUAAUAAAAAUAAUUUAGUAAUUUUGUAUAAAUUUAUCGAACAUUUUUAAAAGCCAAAAUACUUCUUUUCAAAGCUAAGUCAAUUGAAGGGCUAUUGUUUUAGUAAAAUAUUUAAUCAUGUUCUAAAUUUGGUUUGCAAUUAUUUACUUUAAACUAUAUAAUAUCCUUGAGAUAUACCAUACUUUUGGAGUAUAAGACGCACUUUUUCCACCCCAAAAAUGGGUGCGUCUUUUACACCGAAUACAGCAUUUUUGGCCUUCCCAAACCCUAUCCUGUACAUCCCGUUUUUCACAAAAAUGGAGAUGCAGAAGUUUUGGGAGGCCUGCAAAGUGCUCCUGGGGGGCUGGGGAGGCACAAAUGAGUGAAAACAGGAGUACUUUUGCCCUCCCAAGCCCCCAGGAGCAUUCUAUAGGCCUUCCAAACUCUCUGCAGGCCCUGUUUUUUGCAAAA